AUGCCCUACGAACUGCAUGUAUUCGGCAGUAAUGGAGAGGGCCAACUUGGGAUACCCGCUGCAGAAAUUGUCGAUGUUCCCACAAAAGCAUCGGGUACACCACCGCUCGAAGAAGUGGCUGCGAUACGAGGUGGUGACAACCAUACCUUGUUUCUCUGCAAAAACGGGGCUGUCUACGGUGUAGGAGACAAUCGCAAGGGCCAGUUAGCCGCGCUGGGCAAGGAACCUCGAAUCAAGGCUUUUGAGAGAGCAUGUGAUAGUGCUUCUUUCGCUGCGGCUACCUGCGAGUCUUCGGCAUACGUUAUGAGCAGUGAGUCCGGACAGAGCUGCAUCCACAUUGAAGGUACGGGCCAAUGGGGAGAACUGGGUCGCGAACAGCAAGGCGGCCCUAAGGCAUCAAGACAACAAAGCACAUUAUCGCUUCCCGGUAGAAUCAUGAAUUUUGCCGCUGGAGUGUGGCACUACGUAGCCGUUCUCGAAGACGGUUCCGUCUACGGCUGGGGGAAAGCCCGCCUGGGUCAACUCGGCGACAGUCUUACCGGCAAAGUCACAACGCCAACCAAGAUCGAGGCGAUACCGUUCAAGCCCGUCAAAGCUGUCUGUGGAAAAGACUUUACAUAUCUCAUCGGGGAACCGGCUCGUGGAGAGCAUGUUUUGCUAGGCAAAGACAAGUUCAACAUCAUCUCCGGCAUGCCGGAAAACAUUCGGGGCUGGAAAGACGUUGGCGCUACAUGGCAUGCAAUCUUCGUACUGUUUGACGACGGAACGCUGACUGCGUGGGGUAAAGAAAAUAUGUGGAAGUUGUUGCCACCAGAUCUGCCGCGUCUGAGUCAGAUUGCUGUGGGUUCAGAUCAUAUACUUGCGGUGACAUUGGAUGGCGAACUGAUAUCUUGGGGCUGGGGCAAGCAUGGGAAUUGCGGUGAUCUAACCCGUAUCAAGCAUGAGAUUAAGAACGACAUGGUCAGCGGAUUUUGGAACAGCAUUGAUGUGCCUGGUGAGAUUGAGAUGAUUGGAACUGGGUUUUGCACCAGCUUUGUAAUUACCAAGUGA